CUGUUAACGGUUAAAGUAUAUAGUAGUUCGAUACGUAAUGCCUUGAAUAUAUGUCAUAGCGGGGUCUCUUCGGGUGUUAAGCCGUCUUAUCUCUUCUUGUAUGUCGUUAUUGAUUACAGGUGCGGUCACUGCAAAAAGCUGGCUCCCGAGUUUGACAAGGCAGCAACAAAACUGAAGGCGAAUGAUCCUCCCAUCACCCUCAUAAAGGUUGACUGUACUGUCGAGAAGGCCACUUGCGACAAAUUCGGCGUGAAGGGAUUCCCAACCUUGAAGAUCUUCCGUAAUGGAUUAGAAGCUCAGUCAUACGAUGGACCUCGUGAAGCAGACGGCAUCGUAAAAUACAUGCGCGGACAAGCGGGCCCUUCAGCUAAGGAACUCAAAACAGUGGAAGAGUUCAAGAAGUUUGUUGGAGGCGAUGAAAACGCAGUUGUUGGUUUCUUCGAAAACGAAAGCAAACUGAAGGAUUCCUUCCUCAAGGUUGCUGACACCGAAAGAGAUCGGUUCCAAUUCGGAUAUUCCUCAAAUGCGGCUGUUCUGAAGGAGGCUGGCUACACUGAGUAUGUUUGA